AUGGAUGCUGGACCAGUGCUUUAUGAUAAUAAACCUGUAAUUAUGAAACAAUGGACACCUGAAAUGGAUUUGCUGAAGGAGGAAAUUAAAGUAGUGCCUACUUGGGUCAGGUUUCCAGGUUUACCUUUGAAGUACUGGGGUCAGACUUCUCUUAACAAGAUUGCAAGUCUUGUUGGUAAACCAAUCAAGACUGAUAGGGCUACAGCUCAGAAAGAUUGCAUUGAAUAUGCAAAGGUGCUGGUUGAAGUACAAAUGGGACAAGUAUUUCCGGAUGAAAUAAAAUUUCUGAAUGAAAAGGGUUCAUCAUGUCACAAAAGUGAUGCUGGUGGAGUUACAGUUGGUGUCCAAGAUCAUCAGAAGAGGACUUCUGAAGUUCCUUCAAUUCGAGAGCAAGAGCAGGCUCUGGAAGCUGCUCAGGGUCAGAAAGAAAUUUCAGUCCCAGGUAAAGAGAAGAGUGGAGCUGAAGCUAUAGUAGGUGGAUCUUCAUCUCAGAAGGAUGAUGUCGCAUGUAAGAAGGUUGGAAAGGGACAUGAGAAGACUAUUAUGCUGGGAGUAGGGGUGAAGGAGAAAGUAGUUGAUCAGCAGCAGGGGUUGUUUGGACUCCUUGAAACAAGGGUUAAGACUAAGAAUUUUUCUAAGGUCUUCCCUAAUGUAUGUAAGGAUUGGGCUGUGGUUACUAACUACCAGUUUCAUGCUGGUGGGAGGAUUUGGUUCAUUUGGCUACCUUCUGUGUUUGUGGUAAAUGUUUGUAGUUGCUCUUCUCAGUAUAUUCAUUGUGAAGUGCUGCAUAGAGCUUCUGGAGGGGUUUUUGAGGUCGCCAUGGUGUAUGGUGCCAAUGAUGGGGAGGUCAGAGAGGAAUUAUGGAGGGAUUUUGUUAGAUUGAGCAAGAAUGUUAAGGAAGCUUGGGUUGUUAUGGGGGAUUUUAAUAGUGUUUUGAAUCUAGAGGAAAGAUUGGGAUCAGCUGUCACACUGAGAGAGGUGGAACCAUUCAGAUGGGUAGACAAGUUCAGUAAUGCUAAUGUCAUGUUCACUCUUGAAGGUAUUUCAGAUCAUUGUGCUGGUGUUUUGAAACUGGAUAGUGCUUUGAGUGUGAAGGCUAGACCUUUCAAAUUCUGUAACAUGUGGGCUAUGGACGAAUCUUUCUUGAAUAUUGUGCAACAUGGCUGGCAGGAGAGAAUUGAAGGUGCUCCCAUGUUCAGGGUGGUUAGCAAGUUGAAGAAAUCGAAGCAGAGCUUGAGGAAUCUGCACAAAAACAAAUUCUCUCAAAUUGAGAAUGAUGCUGCUAUUGCUUUGAUAAAGCUGCUAGAAGUACAGAAAGAUAUCCAUAGUGAUCCUCAAAAUGGACAACGCUAA